AUGAGCAUCUUUUACGUAACCAUCGCUGCAUACAUCUUGAUCGGUGGUGUUGGAGUCGGUAUUUUCCUAUGGGGCAAAGAGCAUGGAAACUCCUUCUUCGACAAGCUCUACCGCAUCUUCUGCAUGCAUUUUCCGAGACUGCUCAAGAAGGCUUUAGAGAAAGUUUUCGGCAAGAGAGCUCCUGCCGUGUUGGAUGCUGCUUGGGUGUACGUUUGCUACACAAGCAACCCGUUGGUGCAGAUCUUUUAUUUGCUGGUCGUGGUGGGCGGCUACGCCACAUUUGUGGCAUACAGCCACCCUCAUAUUCCGAACAAGCUGCUUAGCAACGUCCACAAGUACAUUGGUUUUGGUAUCUUCUCUACUUGCCUGGCAAUAUGGUGGAGAGCCUGCACAGCCGAUCCGGGGAUUGUGACUCCUCAGAAUCUGGACAAGAUUUGCGAGAUUUGGAAGUGGGACGACCAGAUCUUUCACAUGGCCGUCUGCCGAUCUUGCGAGCUUGCGAAACCGGCACGCUCCAAGCACUGCUCCCUGUGCAACCACUGCGUGGCAAGGUUCGACCACCAUUGUAUUUGGAUCAACAAUUGCGUGGGUGUGGGAAACCACAAGUACUUCCUAGCGUUUCUGGGUGCGCACCUCGUGAUCUGCUUCUACGGCUUCGGGCUCACGGCCACGAUUUUAUGGAACCUCAUCGUGCAGAAGGAGCUGCUGAGCGCCGUCUUCGUCCGGCCGGACACCCGCGAGCGGUUUCAAGCGACCAAGCUUAUGGUGAUGCAGUACUUGCUUGCCACGGAGGGGAUGGUGGUGUUCAUUUGCGCCCUCUGUUGCAUUAUGGGAGUCGUGCUCUUCGGCUUCUUCGGCUGGCACCUGUACUUAGUGAAAGCAGGCACCACAACGAACGAGCUGAGCAAGUGGAGCUACGUCAGGAUGUGCUUGAAACACGAAGGUCCAGAGGGAAAGGAGAAGUUGAAGCUCCUCGUAAACGAGUAUGACCAGCAAAUGCUUGUGCAUCCGAAUGUAGAAGGGGGCUUCUCAACGCUUUCUUCCGGCAGCACGUGUGUCUGUGUGCGCGCGGGCAGCGCCAUGGCUGCAAAGAUGGAGCGACCCGGCUCCACUACCUCUGCCACUACAGGCAGAGCCAUGUCGCCCUCAACUCCAUCGCUGCCGUCGCGGCCAAACACCACCGAGCGAAGCGGAGCCAGCGGAGCUCGAGCAAAGACGAUGGCAAAGCCUCGUUCAAUGCUCGCGCGCCUCGCAGCCCGCGGGCAGGGUCGUCGUGAACAAGGACUGAAGGAGGCAGAAGCCUACCGUGCUGGUCACGGCUAUGGGAAAGGUUUCGGCCCUUGCAAGCCAGCAUCGGCAUCUCCGUGUGAAACGGCUUUGCUCAGUGGCCUGACCGAGUGGCAGCUGCCCGUGUCGGAGGCACCGCUGGCAGAGAUCCUGCUCCAAAAUGACAAGGUCGAGCUUGGUGAGAAGUACAACACGAGAAUCAGUUCCCGAUUCCAGCCUCUGGUCGCAACGACGGCGCACUAUCACUUCCCGUUGCCGACUUCCGAACAAAACAGGCGGUACAGCAAUGUGAGACACAAACAUCCGCCCGAGGGAGUUCCAUGCAUGGAGCCACCAAAGGACAAGCAAGAGCAGACUUCUGCUUUGUCGAAGAGCUCUGAGAGGCCAACGCCACUUCUGACGAAACUUCGACAGCCAGUGCAGGAGGGCAUGGCGCGUCUUCGCCCGGGAGUCGCGUACAGCGUCUCGCGGCUGGAGGAAUGGUUCCUGCUGCUGGACACGAACCGCUCGGGUGAGGUCACUGUGCGCAAGUUAAUCCUGGGCAUGAUGAAGCACCAGGAGAUCAUGGACCUCGUCUUCUUGCUGAGAGAGAAGUCCGAAGGCCGAUUAUGGCAGCUCAAGCCCGAGAACAGGCCGACGGCUGGCAAGCUCACCCGGGACGACAUGCAGUGGGUGAGGGCAAUGCUGGAGGAGCUGGGGUCAGGGGGUGGUGCUUCGAUGACAUGGCCGGAAUUCGUCGACUUCUUCCGCCAGACAGGUCUGCUCCUGGAGUACAGCACUCGGGACGAGCUAAACCAAUCAGACCUGGGAGAAACGAACAUAGAAGACUUUCUGCGACGACAAGAAGAAGAAUUUCAGCUGGACCAAGAGAGAUUCUUCAGCGAGCAACGACGAGGAGCCAGGAUUUUUCCAUCCAGCCCGGAACGAUCAGAAAGGAGAGAUGUCGGAUGUGAGAUGCAGGAAAAGUGGGAAGUCCCAAAGGGCUGCCUCGGCAACUUCAGGGAAAUCAUCUUUCCUGUUGAUACGAAGAAGCUUUCAGAGGAAGCUCUGAAGCAGGACUCCAAGGUCACGCAAGGCAAAGCUCGAAAAAGCAAGGUGGAAGCGCAGUUGCACAGCUGUGCAAAGCUGCGAUUUGGAGUCUAUUGCUGUGUGAAGUCCGCUUUGCUAAGAGUGUGA